CUGCUGGAAGAAGAGGAGGAGGAGGAGAUCUCUGCCCCUCCGGUUGGGGCCUCCCAUGGACACCAAGAUGCAGAGCCUUUCCUCCACCCACCCUCAUCCCUCUCGGUCCCCAGGCCACCCCUGCAGCCAGUGCAGCUGCAGCCACCACUGCCGGAGCUGCAACCAGGCAGGCCACCCGAGCUCCAGUUCCAGCUCCAGCCCCAGCCCGCCAUCGAAGCACCCCAAACUAACCAUGCACUCCCAGCACUCACCUAAAUAUCGCAGCGGCUGUUCCAAGAACAGGAAGACCUUGGAAGGGAAGGUGAACAAGAGAAAGGCGGUCAGGAGGCGGAAGCGGACAUACCGAACUAAGAGGCGUAGCUCAGGGCGAAGAUACAAGUAAGACACUCCACGUUGUUCCUGUGUCCAUUUGAUCCCAAAUGGAGACAGCCAUCACUAGGGGAUGUUGGGAAGAUGCUGGCAACAGGAACGUGUCCUUGCAGCAAUUUCUAUGCAACAUGAUUAAAGCUUGUACCCUGGAAGACUA